AUGUCGCGGAGAUCAACAAGAACGCGACGACGUCAAUCAAAACGAAUAAAUACGCCAGAGCAAGCUGAUGUCGAAUUAGAAGAGCGCAAAUCUCUUGAUUAUCGUGAUUCUUGCUUCAAAGGGCAUUUUAUCGUUCACCUUUGCGACUUAGACUUCGGGCAAAAUGGGAAUCGUUUGAUAUAUGACGAAGAUAACAUCUCUCGGUUAACUAAUAUCCUCAAAAUACAGGGCUGCUUACGUUUGAGCAGGCAGUUCCAUGUCCCGGUCGUGGUGGAUGCAGGAGACUGGGGCUCAAAUGUCAUACCUCAAGAGCCAACGCUAGUCACUGGCCUGCGCAUGAGUCAACUAGAAACUAGCCUGAAUUACUCUUUGUUUGCCCUUGACCAUGAGAGUGUUAUUGCUGCAGCUCGAAACAGGUUCAAGGAGCUCGAGAUAGAGGAUCCUUGGUGGGUAGCAGAUGUAUAUGUCAUUGAAGCAACCCUUCGCAACGAGUUGCUACGUAAUCUGCAGGAAAGUUACCCCAACGACCAGCGUCCCUCAGACGGGAGAAUCUACCGGAACAUUCGCUAUUAUCAAGGAUGCUUGGCAGGUAUUCGCAACCAGACUGCGGAGCAAUACUGGUGGGCACUUUUAGAGUCUGAGCCCGGAAGUCGAAAGGGUGACUAUCUGCGCACCCUCCCCGAGAACCUUCGAUCAGCCUUUGAUGCUCUCCUCCCGAUCACCGGGAUCUGGGCCGGUAUGAGUAUUGGUGUGCUGCACAAAUUGAAAGCAAUGAAGUGCGAUGAGCCGAUUGUCUGCUAUUUAGAACACAUUCGAAGCACAUUUAAUAGGCUGGUAGAUCACGACGAUAACCUAAUUUCUCUUAUUGAUGCCGCUUCGGUCAAAAUGCUGAAGUCCAAAGUGCCGCGAAUCUCCUCGUCUGAUCUAAGUGACCUUGAAAUGAAAAAGGAAAGCAAGACUUUGUUCCCUUUUCUCGACGACCAUCAGCGGGACCUGAUCUGGGAAAGACUAAUAGAGAUUGAAUACCCAAUUCCGACAUUAGAGACCUUCUUUCAGGACAUUUUAUAUCUGGAUGUCGGGCAAUGUGUCAUGCGACAGCUUUGUUUAGCGCCACCCAAAGGGAAGAGUACCAUUGACAAGGUUUUGAGAAGCCAGAACAAUGGCUUUGUCGCUGGCUUAAUAUCUAGAUCCUACUGGGAGCAAACGGUCCAAAACGAGCAACUCCACGAUCUUUGGCGUUUCAGUCUCCAAUACGCAUUUGAGCUAACCCCUAAAAAGGACCACCAUCGUCGCGUCCCGCGAAAAAGUAAAGACAAAGAACGUGCAUUCUCCAUGAGUGUCAGUGAAGAAAUAAACGGUGUACCAUCUUUGCUACUUUUGCGUCAUUUUCUUAUGCUAGCUAGAAAUUACGCGUUCGAAGUUCCUGGAAGUGAAAUAGAUCUUGUGAGCGAGGCUAGAGACCUGCCACGACUACUGCCUUGUGACUUUCCGCCUGGGGACGAAGACGAGGUCGAGACUGAGAGGCGGUCUGGGAAACCUUUUACAGACUCGGUACAAGCUGACAGGUUUGCUCUUUCCAGAGAGUCUUUGAGAGUUUGGGACAGUCGGCGAGUCAGCGCAGGCUUUGUGCGUCGUUCGGUAUUUCGAGCAUUUUUUUCUUAUCUCAACUCUGGAAUCGCCGAAAGCCCGGAGUUUAAUCUUUCAAUGGAGUUUUCCGAAGAAAACAACCUCGCCGUUGAUAGUAACGAGCUCGAGCCCAUGCGAUCGCCAAGUUCCUGGCAGAAUAUGGUUCCGCUCUCACCAUCAUUCACGGGAGAUUAUGGGUCAUUUUCUAUCGCAGAGCAUUCCCAGCCUUUUCACUACCCUCACUUGACUUCUUAUUCGCAGCCAGUUGCUCAAAGUACUUAA